CACAGCACCAGUAACCUUGUCUGAUGUGAUCAUUAACCUUUCUGGAAAAAGCAGCUGGCCGUUGUCUGAGGCUCGUCAGUAGAAUGUGAGGGGAGCCUCACAGAUACCACACAGACUAUUCAAGACUGGUUUACGUUGGGAGCUGUUGCUCUACUUCAGGGGGGCAGGAAAAUGAGGUUGCAACAAUUCCUUUUUGCCUUUCUGCUUUUCGUGAUGAGUCUUCUUCUUAUCAACGGACAGAGACCAGCUAAUUUGGCUGUGAGAAGAAAAUUGCACAGACACAACUGCCUUCAGAGGAGAUGUGUGCCUCUCCAUUCACGGGUGCCCUUCCCCUGAGUGUGGACCUUCUCUAGAUAAUCGAAACCUGGUCUACCAGAAGAGGAAUGAAGGAAAGAUACUCACCCACACCAUAGUGUGAUUGCUUAGAAGUUCCUCUACAUAAAGGAAUCAUUUGAAAGCACCUGGGAUGGUUUAUUAGUCUUACAGGAUUCUCUUCCUGGUUUCUCUUUAGAGGGGAAAAUAACAAAUUCAAAAGCAAUUCCAGUCUGAAGCACAAUUAUUUGCUUGUAUAUUAAAAAUCUCUCAUUUUUUCCUGCACAUUACUAUUCCUAGAGGAGUUAAAAUAAAAACACUUUUUAAUGUCUUAGUACAAGAAUUAAAAUUUUUCUUUCAUAAUUCUGUAAUUCCCACAAGUAUUAAAAUGUUUGUGUACGUUUGUAUAUGUUUGAGUGAUUUUUUUCCAAAAAUGCUAAAUGUCUAAUCAAAUGCUUUGACCGUGUGGCUUUACAGAAUAAGCAUACAUUAAUUGGUUCAUUGAUUAUUUAUAUAGUGAAACUAAGAAAGAAGCUAUUAAUUGCUAUCAAUUUUAUAUUAUAGGCUUUAAUGUUUAUGAAAGUAUUUUUUUAUUUUGAACAAUACCCAUAAAGUCAUAAAGGAAAGUUUGAAAUACUAAGAUGUUAA